GCUAUCUUAGUCAUUUAAAUUACAUAUUGAAAACCACGUCCUCCAGUUGUUAAUGGUGCGCUUGCGUGCAAAUGAACCGGGAGCUGUCUAAGUGCUGAAUCUAAAGACACGUCCACACGUCUCCCAUUCCAGCAGCGGACGGUCUUCAACCCAAGGAAAUAUUCUUCUUCAACAUCACUAUACUUUAGAGACCAUAGUAUACUUUAGAGACCAUCUGUUUUCACUGAGUUUUUGAAUGAAAGUGAGAACGCCUUCCUGAAGGCUCUAUAUUCCGCGUCUUGUGGAUAUUUCUCACCUCACAACGUCUUUUCCACAGGUUAUUUUUAGGUGGCAAUGACUCAGAAUUGAUGAUUCUUUACACAUUACCAACAACAAUACCGCACCUGGGAAUCAGUGUUUUUUCAAACUAAGCUAUGAUCCUACGGACUGGAAUGCCUUAUGUGUAUUCUCUGUGUUUCACGAGAACACCCAAUUGCGCUUUGGUCAGAAAGAAAUCGAUAUUGCUGCUUGGAUUGUGUGUUUGACCAACAUUCAUAUAUGGAAGAAAUAAAGAAGUGAAGAAAUCUAAAAUCAAAAGGAAUGAAUCGCCCCUUUAUCAACGUCUUGACUGCUUUAUUUGCAUGUUUAAUGGAGACCAACAACAGCAGGGUGGUGGAUGGCAAGGAGCAUGAGUCCAGAUCAGGCUCUACUACUAACUUGUCUCCCUCAGACUUUCUGGACUCAUUGAUGGGUAGAACAUCUGGUUAUGAUGCACGAAUACGACCAAACUUCAAAGGUCCCCCAGUUAAUGUUACCUGCAACAUAUUUAUCAACAGCUUUGGUUCUAUAGCAGAAACUACAAUGGAUUACAGAGUGAACAUCUUCCUGCGACAGAAGUGGAGAGACCCUCGGUUGGCGUACAGCAAAUACCCAGACUCGUCUCUGGACCUGGACCCGUCCAUGUUGGAUUCUAUUUGGAAACCUGAUCUGUUCUUCGCCAACGAGAAAGGCGCCAACUUUCAUGAUGUCACCACAGACAACAAGCUCCUGAGGGUCUUCAAAGAUGGGACCGUCCUGUACAGUAUCAGGUUGACUCUCAUUCUAUCUUGUCCGAUGGAUCUGAAGAACUUUCCCAUGGACAUGCAGAUCUGUACCAUGCAACUGGAGAGCUUUGGCUACACCAUGAAUGAUUUGAUCUUUGAGUGGGAGAGCAAGGACAAAAAUCCUGUACAGGUGGCCGCUGGCUUGACCCUCCCCCAGUUCAUCAUGAGAGAUGAGAAGGAGCUUGGCUACUGUACCAAAAGCUACAACACCGGUAAAUUCACCUGCAUUGAGGUGAAGUUCCACUUGGAGAGACAGAUGGGUUACUACCUGAUCCAGAUGUACAUCCCCAGCCUCCUCAUCGUCAUCCUGUCCUGGGUCUCUUUCUGGAUCAACAUGGAUGCUGCGCCCGCCAGGGUGGCACUGGGCAUCACCACCGUGCUCACCAUGACAACCCAGAGCUCCGGCUCCCGAGCCUCCCUUCCUAAGGUCUCCUAUGUGAAGGCCAUUGAUAUCUGGAUGGCCGUGUGUCUUCUGUUUGUAUUUGCUGCCCUACUGGAAUACGCUGGGGUUAACUUUGUCUCCAGGCAACAGAAGGAGUUCCUUCGCUUGAGGCGAAGACAGAGGCGGACUCACAGGGAUGACGACAUGAGGGAUGGCUUCAAUUACUCGGGUUACGGCAUGACUCGUUGUCUGAAGGAUGGGUCGGCUAUUAAAAACGCUGUCCCAAACCCCGGCCCAGCACCACCUACCUCUAAAGAAAAAGAGGUGAUAAGGAAGAGGUUUGUGGACAGGGCCAAGAGGAUUGACACUGUGUCCCGAGCAGCCUUCCCUAUGGCCUUCCUCCUCUUCAACAUCUUCUAUUGGAUAACAUACAAGGUCAUCAGGCAUGAGGACAUUGGCAUGCAGUCAGGGUAGUCGCUCUGCCCUGCAGGUUUUACCUAUGGAACUCUCAGCUCUCUCUCUUUCUCUAUCAUUUCUCUAAAUGAGAAACGCUAGGACAGCACAGUGAGACUAAUGUAUCUUAUGGGACUAUACAUGGAGGAGAGGCACAGGGAUGUUGAUGGUGUUGGUGUUCUUUCAGGGAAAAUAUAUAGGUGUUCAUGCAAAAUCUAAAAGACUAAUGCACAUGUUUAGGAUUAACAAUUGAACAAUUGGUGAGUAACAGAUGUAUGUUUUCGAUGUGUUCCUGUGAGCUAACGCAUCCUGGAGAUUCUAAUGGGUUUUUACUCAAGGCACAGCACAAUGAUGUAAAAAGGUGGACCAAAUUUUAUGAGACAAUUCUGACUUUGCAUUUGUACAACCUUGCAAUGGAGCAACAUUCCAUGGAUUUGUAUGUGCAGUAGUCUGGGCCUUAUAGUUAAGGUGUGGUGAAAAAAAAAGUUUAAUAAAAAGGUUGAUUAGAGCAGUUUUAUACAAUUGUACUGCAGUUCCUCACUGUGUCUACAAGCAGCAAUUAUUGUGUUUAUUAGGCAGCGAACACAAUACACACACACACACACACACCAUAUAAGGCCUACAUCUGUUUAUAUUACAGAUGCAUUUUCCAGGUCGAUUUGGUUUUACAGUUGGAGUGUAAGUUUUGUAAAUUGAACUGUAAUGAAAUGUUUAUUGUAAUGAAGGCAGAUGACAUGUUUCUAAAACAGAGAUUUCUACUUCUAAAGAUUCCUCUGAGGACUGUUGAAUGCAUCCCCUCACUUCCACACUGCAGUGCCCUCUUUGGGCAGUACGUAUUACAGUUGACAUUGUAUACUAUACAGUAUUGCAACUAUGAAGUAGAUCUUUAUAACUAGGGCCCUGUGUUUUGGUAAAUCAUGUCACAUGACCUAGAUUUGAACCUUUAUUUAAAGCGUUUUCAACAAACGGUCCCCUUUUCGUUAUGUGUCAGAUGGUCCAGCACAUUCUUUAGACAAUUGCUUUCAUUUUUUUGUGAAAUUCAAAUUUCUGGAAAAGGCUUAAAGAUGCAUUAUGCAGAAAUCACUCUGCCAUUUCCUGGUUCCAAAAGUAUUAAUUGUUUGCCUAAUUUCCUAUUAAGUGACAAACAAGCAAGUAUAGUGUUGAGAAUCAUUGUACCAUCUAAACUGCUUUGAAAUAUAUUUUCCAUAACUAAAAAUAUUGUAUUUUCAGCUGUUUGAAGCCGAAAGUAAAAGACAAAAAAAAGUAAAAAAUUAAAACGGGAAGCAUAGAAAUAGCAUACAUAGACCAUAUCUACCGCUUCUUAGAGUUCCUUUCAAUGAAAAUGACAGAUGUAUAACUCACAUUUCUAUGUGAAGUUUGUCAGGUCACCCCAAAACAUAUUGCAUCUUUAAAAUAAAAUAUUAAAAUCUAGGUCAUGUGACAUUAUAGCCAAAAACACAGAGCCCUUCUCAUAACACAUAAUAGUAUAGAGCAGUUAUUGGUCCUUGCACUUCUGACAUAAUAUGAGGAAAGUUUUUUCUUGAAUGGUGUUUCUGAAAAGGGUUGUUUACUAAACUGUACAUCAAUAAAGUUGAGUGUGCACCACACAUAUGUUCUCCCUCAUCAUA